CAGGGGCUGUCAUUUUUUAGAGCAGAAAUGAUGGUUUCUACCCCGAUGAUGAUUUGAUUGGAAAAAAUAUGAUUCUGCGGUCUAGCUCAUUACUUAAAAAUGGAAUUUGGUUACUGGGUUCACCUAAUUUUGGUGUUCUGGGAACAUUCUCAGUCUCAGAACAUAUUCGGUUGAAAGCGAGUUAGAGAUUGAAGAUUUUGUUAUAAUUUGAUGGUCAUUUUGUCUUCCGACAUACGCUUAAUCUGAUUCCGAACAUGGCAUGGCGUAGAAGCAUAGAAAGAAGAUGGCAGCCUAACAAGUAACAAAUGCUUUGGAAACUUGCUCGUCUUCACUGACUCUCAUUGACUGUAUAUAUAUAUAUAUAUAUAUAUAUUUUGUCCGUGUUUGAAUUACUUUUAUUCAACACUUGCCCCAGUUGCCACUACAGUGCUUCAGUUACCACUAUACCCCACUUCCAUCUCUCUUCUCAUGCUUCUUCUUCAAAUCUCACCACUGACACCCACUCAAUCGGAAUACAACACAUAAUCCAAAAUGCUUCUGUUCUUCCUCUUUCUCUUCCUCUGUUCUUCACCUCUUCUUACUCUUUCUCUGAACCAAGAAGGUCUCUACCUACAGCGUGCCAAACAGGGUUUCUUUGAUCCGAAUAACGUCCUCUCCUCGUGGGGUAACGACCGUGACGACACUCCGUGCCACUGGCAUGGCGUAACCUGCGACUCAACCAACCGAGUCAUCAAGGUCGACCUUUCCAAUUCACAACUAUCGGGGCCGUUCCCUCUCUUCUUUUGUCGGCUUCAGUACCUCACUUCCCUCCAUCUUCAGGACAACAACAUCAACUCUACACUGCCGGACGAGGUUUCCACGUGUCAGACUCUUACGGAGUUGAAUUUAAGCGCCAAUUUGAUCGUUGGUAAGCUUCCUGAAACUCUAUCGCAGUUGAAGAAUCUUAAAUAUUUGGACUUGAGUGCCAAUAACUUCUCUGGAGAUAUUCCGGCGAGUUUUGGUGAGUUUGCUAGCCUUGAAUCGCUCUACCUCAUGUCUAAUCUUUUAGAUGGGACAAUUUCCGGUGUGCUUGGUAACAUUUCGUCUCUUAAAGAGCUUCUUCUUGCUUAUAAUCCGUUUUCGCCGGGUCCGAUACCGAGUGAAUUCGGUAACUUGACGAACCUUGAAUAUCUUUGGCUCUCUGACUGUCAGCGCGAGGGUCAUAUUCCGGAGAGCAUAACUCGGUUGCCUAAGCUUAAUAAUUUAGACUUGUCGUUGAACAGACUCACUGGGCCAAUCCCGAGUUCGAUAGCUGAGUUAAGAAGUAUAAUACAAAUAGAGUUGUAUAACAAUUCUUUAUCGGGUGAAUUACCGGUUAAAUGGCUUAAUGCAACGAAGUUGCGGCGACUAGACGCGUCGACGAAUGAGUUGAGGGGGACGAUUCCGGCCGAGUUGUGUGAAUUGCAGCUGGAGUCACUCAACCUGAUGGUGAACAGAUUGGAGGGUCCUUUGCCAGAGAGCAUAAGUAAGUCGACAAAGUUGAUCGAACUCAAAUUGUUCAACAACAAACUCAGCGGUCAGUUGCCCAGUCAACUCGGGACGAACUCGGCAUUACAGAUACUGGACGUCUCAUACAACCAGUUUUCUGGUGAAAUCCCCGCGGGCUUGUGUUCAAACGGGUCGUUAGAGGAUCUGGUAUUGAUAUACAAUUCAUUUUCAGGGCAAAUACCAGAAAGUCUUGGAGAGUGCCAGAGCUUAAUGAGGGUUCGGCUAAGGAACAAUUUGUUAUCAGGUUCAGUUCCUGAAAAGUUAUGGGGAUUACCACAUGUUUUUUUGUUAGAGCUUGUGGAUAAUUCAUUUACUGGCCAAAUAUCAAAACAAGUUUCAGGUGCAUAUAACCUUUCUGUUCUUUUGGUUUCCAAGAAUCAGUUUUCUGGGCCCAUCCCAGAAGAAGUCGGGUCAUUAAAUAAAUUAGUUGAAUUUUCUGCUUCUGAUAAUAAGUUUACUGGAGGAAUUCCUGGUAGUUUAGUGCAUUUGGGGCAGUUGGGGAAGCUUGAUCUGAGUGGAAAUGAACUUUCGGGUGGGAUCCCAGAAAGAAUUCAAGGCUGGAGGAGUCUGUAUGAGCUCAAUUUGGCGGAUAAUAAUCUGUCUGGUGAAAUUCCGGCUGAAAUUGGGAGCUUGCCAGUGCUAAACUAUCUUGAUCUUUCUGGGAAUUCCUUUUCGGGAAGCAUCCCACUCGAAUUGCAAAAUUUGAAGCUGAAUAUAUUUAAUUUGUCAGAUAAUCAGCUCUCUGGUGAGAUUCCCCCUCUUUAUGCUAAGGAAAUUUUUAAGAAUAGCUUUGUGGGGAAUCCUGGUUUGUGUGGGGACUUGGCUGGUCUGUGUCCUGACAUGAACAGAUCUAAGAACCAGGGUUAUCUGUGGAUUCUGCGGUCAAUCUUCAUACUUGCAGCUCUAGUUUUUGUUGUUGGUAUUGUUUGGUUCUAUGUCAAAUAUAGGAGUUUCAAGAAGAAUAAGAGAAGAAUUGCUUUAUCGAAGUGGAAAUCUUUCCAUAAAAUUGGCUUCACUGAAUUUGAGAUUGUUGGAUGUCUCAAAGAGGAAAACUUGAUCGGAAGUGGGGCUUCUGGGAGAGUUUAUAAAGUUGUUCUUAGUAGUGGUGAAGCAGUGGCAGUGAAAAAGCUGUUUGGAAGACCCAAGAGGGAGGAUGCAAGUAAUGGGUCACAGAGAGAUGAAUUUGAAGUAGAAGUUGAAACACUGGGGAUGAUUCGGCACAAGAAUAUUGUGAGAUUGUGGUGCUGUUGCAACAGUGGAGAUAGCAAGCUUCUAGUUUAUGAAUACAUGCCAAAUGGGAGCUUGGGGGAUUUGUUGCAUAGCAGCAAGGCAGGUUUGUUGGAUUGGCCAACCAGGUAUAAGAUAGCUUUAGAUUCAGCUGAGGGGUUGUCUUAUUUGCAUCAUGAUUGUGUUCCUCCAAUUGUUCAUCGAGAUGUGAAAUCCAACAAUAUACUUUUGGAUGAAGAGUUUAAUGCUAGAGUUGCGGAUUUUGGAGUCGCUAAAGUGGUUGAAAGGGUUAGCAAGGGACAAGAGUCUAUGUCUGGGAUUGCGGGUUCUUGCGGUUACAUUGCACCAGAAUAUGCUUAUACUCUUCGAGUGAACGAAAAGAGUGACAUAUACAGUUUUGGAGUUGUUCUCAUGGAGUUAGUUACUGGUAGACUUCCAAUUGAUCCAGCAUUUGGGGAUAAAGACUUGGUAAAAUGGGUCUGCACCACCUUGGACCAGAAAGAUUUUGACAGUGUGAUUGACCCCAAACUCGAUUCUAGUUACAAGGAAGAAAUCUGCAGGGUCCUGGAGAUCAGUCUCCUCUGCACCAAUGCACUUCCUAUUAACCGCCCUUCAAUGCGAAAGGUGGUUAAGUUGUUGCAAGAGGCUAGUACUGAGAAGAAAUCUCAGACCAGGAAGGAUGGGAAGCUCUCCCCUUACUAUCACGAAGAGGCCUCCGAUCAAUUUGUAGUUUAAUAAUUUAGCUACUCCUUAAUGGUGUUUGAUUGCGCAGGGUAAAGGGAAUGAGGCAGAUUUUCAAGGGUGCCCUCUUGAAUGGUGCAUCAACAGUAGAUAAGAUGAUAGAUUUAGACUUCCAAGAGUAUCAUUGUAGUUGGUGAUUAUGGUUGUUUAUUGUAUUUAGUUGGUGGUUAGGUGCUAUUGUAACAUGCAAACAUGAGAUUUGUCAACAAUGACAAUCACCAUUUCAGCAACACGGCUGUUCAUGAUUGUAAAAAUACUGAAAUCUGCGGGGAUCUAAAGCUUUGAGUGUCUGAUUUUUAA